AUGGAAGCUACCUUUGGGACUCUCCUUUCCUUCGUGUUUGUGGCUUUCGGGACUGGAGCGCUCAUUCCAGAACCGGAAGUGAAGAUCGAGUUGCUCCAUAAGCCAUUCAUUUGCAAGAGGAAGACCAAGUUGGGGGAUAUGAUGCUGGUGCACUAUGAAGGGUAUUUGGAAAAAGAUGGUUCCCUGUUCCAUUCUACCCACAAGCAUAACAAUGGCCAGCCAACCUGGUUUACUCUUGGUAUAAAUGAAGUUAUCAAAGGCUGGGAUAGAGGUUUGAUGGACAUGUGUGUCGGGGAGAAACGCAAGCUCACUGUUCCUCCAUCCCUGGGUUAUGGAAAAGAAGGAAAAGGAAAAAUUCCACCUGAGAGCACACUGAUCUUCAAUAUUGACCUUGUAGAAAUUCGAAAUGGACCAAGGUCUCACGAGUCCUUUCAAGAAAUGGAUCUUAAUGAUGAUUGGAAGCUAUCCAGAGAGGAGGUGAAAAUAUACCUGAAGAAGGAAUUCGAAAGACAUGGUGCAAUGGUCAACGACAGCCAUCAUGAGACUUUGGUCGAAGAUAUAUUUUCUAAAGAAGAUGAGGACACAGAUGGAUUUAUAUCUGCAAGGGAGUUUGUGUAUAAGCACGAUGAGCUGUAAAGUGUUUUAGAAGGAGCUCCCAG